AUGGCGGACGAAGUAACUGCACCUGCACCUGCAACUGCAUCUGCUGCUCCCACCGAGGCCCUGGCAAACCUCCAUCUGGACGAAGUCACCGGCGAAAAGGUCUCCAAGUCUGAAUUGAAGAAGCGCCAGAAGCAACGCCAGAAGGACGAGGCAAAGAAGGAGAAGGAAGCUGCAGCUCCCCCCAAGCCCGCAACCACCAAGAAGAGCAAUGCUGAGGCUGACGAGAAGGAGCUGAAUCCAAAUCAAUAUUUCGAGAUUCGUUCGCGCACAAUUAACAAGCUCCGCCAGACCAAGAACCCAAACCCAUACCCUCACAAGUUCCAUACAAACUACGAUGUGAGAAAUUUCGUCGAGCAAUAUGAGUCCCUCAAAUCUGGAGAGCACAAGAAGGAAGUUGAGAUCAGGGUUGGAGGCAGAAUUUACAACAAACGUGCGUCGGGAAACAAGCUCGUCUUCUACGAUAUCAGAACAGAGGGUGUCAAGGUACAGGUAAUGUGCCAGGCUCAAGAGGCCAAGGAGGGCGGAGUUCCAUUUGAGGAGCAACACGAGCAUUUGCGACGAGGAGACAUCAUUGGUAUUGUCGGCUACCCAGGACGAACUGCACCCAAGAAGCAAAUAGCAGAGGGCAAGGAAGGAGAGCUUUCUAUUUUUGCUACUGAGAUUGUUCUCCUCACACCAUGUCUGCACCAACUCCCGGACGAGUACUAUGGAUUUAAGGAUCAAGAGCAAAGACAUCGCAAGAGAUAUCUGGAUUUGAUCAUGAAUGAGCCAACACGGAACGUCUUCCUCACUCGCUCCAAAAUGGUCACCUAUAUUCGCAAGUACUUUGACGAGCAAGACUUCGUAGAAGUCGAAACACCAAUGAUGAACCCCAUCGCAGGAGGCGCAACAGCCAAGCCCUUUGUUACCCACCACAACGACCUCAACAUGGACAUGUUCAUGCGUGUGGCUCCAGAACUUUACCUCAAGAUGCUUGUUGUUGGUGGUCUAAACCGAGUCUACGAAAUGGGUCGCCAGUUCCGCAACGAAGGCAUCGACCUAACCCACAACCCAGAAUUCACAACCUGCGAAUUCUACAUGGCCUACGCCGACGUCUACGACAUCAUGGACAUGACCGAGGAACUGGUCUCCGGCCUCGUAAAGCACGUUACGGGCGGCUCAACCACCAAAUUCCACACCCAGCACGGCGAAGAAUAUGAAGUCAACUGGGCAGCACCCUGGCGACGCGUAGAGAUGAUCCCUGCGCUCGAAGAAGCAACCGGCGAGAAAUUCCCACCGGGUGAUCAGUUGCACACGCAGGAAACAAAUGAGUUCUUCAAGCGCGUGCUCAAGAAGAUGAAAGUCGACUGCUCGCCCCCUCUCACCAACGCCCGCAUGCUGGAUAAACUGGUCGGCGAAUUCAUCGAGGAAACUUGCGUGAACCCAACCUUUAUCACCGGCCACCCGCAGAUGAUGUCCCCGCUCGCAAAGUACCACCGCGAUCUCCCCGGUCUCUGCGAGCGCUUCGAGGCCUUUGUGUGUAAGAAAGAAAUCGUGAACGCGUACACCGAACUGAACGACCCCUUUGAUCAGAGAUUGAGGUUCGAGGAGCAGGCUAACCAGAAGGAGCAGGGUGAUGAUGAGGCGCAGAUGAUUGAUGAGAACUUCUGCCAGAGUUUGGAGUUCGGCUUACCGCCUACGGGUGGCUGGGGAAUGGGCAUCGAUCGCUUGGUCAUGUUCUUGACGGAUAAUUACAGCAUCAAGGAGGUCCUGGCAUUCCCGUUUAUGAAGGAGGAUACGAGUAAGAAGCCGGAGAAGUUGGCCGCUGAGGAGGUGGGCAUUGAGGCUAAGGCUGAAGAGGGUAUUCGUAAGUCCCCUCUUUCUUCUUCGAACUCAGUUUGUGACUUUACUAACCUGUUCAUGUGUAGCACAUAA